AUGGCGAACCGCGACGCGAAAAUACAAGACGAUGGUGUGGAAGGCGGUUCUCUACGUGAAGCACACGCGCCAACUGUAGCAAGGAGCUGGAUAAAGUCGUGCAUCAUCGUGCUUACAGUCACAUCGGGGAUGAUUGUCAAUAUUGCGAACGCGACGGCGGUGUCGAUUGCUCUGCCUACGAUUCAGAAGGAGAUGAAUCUGCAAGAAGCACAACUGCAAUGGGUGGUAUCUGCAUACCCUCUUAGUUCAGGAUGUCUCCUGCUCGUUUUCGGCCGACUUGCGGAUGUGUAUGGGAGGAAAAAGACGUUUCUAGCCGGAUCGACUAUUUUGGUUGCAUUUACGCUAGCUUGUGCGUUCCCGAAUGACGUUGUGGCCCUUGAUAUUCUGAGAGGUAUACAGGGUAUCGGUGCUGCUGCGACGAUACCCGCCUCGCUCGGCAUUCUUGCCCAUGCAUUCCCUCCAUCUCGAGCCCGAUCCUUUGCCUUCGCCACUUUCUCAGCCGGUGCACCCCUCGGAGCGGUCUUUGGUAGUGCUAUAGGUGGCGUCCUUACGGAAUUUACGAAGAAAACAUGGCGUUCCUCGUUUUAUCUGCUCAGCGGGCUAACAUUGCUCUGCCUCUUCGGCGGCAUGUUCUCGUUCGACAAGGAUGUACCAUCAGAAGAAGUCGACAAACGUAUUGACUGGAUUGGGGCAUCCAUUAUCACCACCGGCCUUGUCCUCAUCGUGUUCGUUUUGAGUCAGGGAGAAGUUGCGCCGAAUAAGUGGUCUACGCCCUACAUCAUUGCACUGCUCGUUGUUGGCGUCAUUCUCGUCGCAGUCUUCCUCUACUGGCAGUACUAUCUCGAAACUGUGCAAAAUAACCCCAACGCGCCGUACUCCAUAUUCACUCCGCCACCACUUAUGAAACUCUCACUCUGGACUCGCGCAAAUGGCCGCUUUGCCGCGAUGAUGGCGAUAGCCUUCACCAAUUGGUGUGCGUUUCUCGCCUGGACAUUCUGGGUUCAGCUCUACUACCAGAACUACAUGGGCUACACGGCUAUGCAAAGUGUCGUACGACUGUUGCCUAUGUUCGUCUCAGGCAUUCUGUGCAAUGCCUUCGUUGGCCUGAUGGCUGCCCAUGUCCCGUUGGUAUGGCUGGUCGGAGGAGGAGCGUUUGCAACCACAGUUGCUUGUUUACUUUUUGCGGUCAUCAUUCCUGAGACGACAUAUUGGGCCUUCGCUUUUCCAGCAUCCUUUCUUUCAGUCAUGGGUGCAGAUUUAGUUUUUUCGGCUGGUACUCUGUUCAUCGCCAAGUUUUCGUUGCCGCACGAGCAAAGCGUUGCCGGUGCACUGUUCAAUACCAUGACCCAGCUUGGAACUGCGGUUGGGGUUACCGUAAGUACCGUUGUAUAUAACAGCGUUGCAACAAAGGUCUCUCCGGGAGAGGAUACCCUCAUUAUGUAUCACGCUGCUUACUGGGCCGGUUUUGCGUUUGGUGUAAUUGCCACGCUGCUUGGGGUGAUUUGCUUCUGGAAAGUGGGCGCCGUUGGGCACCGUGCACCCAAGGCUUCUUCGGAGAAAGAAGUGUCCAAUACGGAGGAAGGCGGACAAGACUUCGAGGAUAUCCUAGAGAAAGGUCUUGAACCAGCAUCCGUUACGUCAGUUCCCUCGACGCCAUCGACAUUCCAAGACUUGAAGGAGAAGGACGGCAAUGCGUUCGUCACUAUUUCUACAUCGCCAGCGCCUUCAAGAUCAACAAUGCAGAACGGCGAGAGCUUCGUGAUUGUCUCGGGGUCGUCGGCCAAGAUCCCGCCCUCGUCGACGCUGCAAAGCGUAAGGGAGAGCGAAGCGGCCACAGAGGAUUUUGUGACCGUUUCAGCGUCGCCGCCACCGUCGACGACGCAGAAUCUGAAAGAGAAGGUUGAAGAUAGAAGCCAAAAGUCAUGA